AUGAUUGGAAUAAAACUGAGUACCCCUGAUUGUCUUGUCCACUCCCCCACACAACACUAUACCACAAAGAAUCGGUGCAAUUUGGUAAAUGCAUUUCCCUUCUGCAUUUUCUCUUCCCCAAUUUUCCGAGUAAUUUUCUUUCAUUUUCUCGGCAAACUAACUGGAACGACACUGAUCGAAUUGCGCUCCAUUUUCUUGUUCUGCUUGAUUGAGCUGCAAAUGUCGAGCACUGUAGAUUCAUCGGGAAACCCGAUCCCAUCGUCGUCGGUGUUGAUGGCAUCGUCGAAGCACAUUGGGAUUCGGUGCCACUCCGAGAACUUGGAGUUUCUGAAGUGCAAGAAGAAGGAUCAAAACCCUGAAAAGUGUCUCGAUAAGGGUCGCAACGUUACCCGCUGUGUCCUUGGCCUUUUGAAAGAUCUACACCAAAAGUGCACAAAUGAGAUGAAUGAUUAUGUAGGCUGCAUGUAUUACCAUACAAAUGAAUUUGACUUGUGUCGCAAAGAGCAGCAAGCAUUCGAGCAAAAGUGUUCUUUGGAAUGA